CGAUCCAUUAGAAAAGGUGGGUUGGGGUUAGGGUAAAGUGAAAGGAAAAUAUAGGUGUUCCUUUUGUAUCGAAAGAUUCCUAUCAAGAUGGCCGAAAACCUGUAUAGUGCAAGGUCUUUUUCUUCGGCGAUUGAGAAUAGUAUAUAAGACUCAGAAGUCGAUGGUAAAAAGCAAUCAGAACGUUUUGCAUUCUCACACAUUUAUACCAAAAUGAUCUCCAAAGUCCUUGUUCUUGCUCUAGUAGCUGUUGCCGUUCAUGCCAGCGGCUUGGUUCACACAGGUUCAAGUGUUAGUUCCAGGCAUCAGGAUAACUUAGGCAAUUACGCUUUCAACUAUGACAUCGUUGACGGAAAAGGUGCCAGCAAUGGACGAUACGAAGUCGGUGAUGGACAUGGCAACAAGAAAGGAGCUUACACCAUCCAUGACAUCGAUGGUCGAGCAAGACGAGUUGAAUACGUUGCUGAUCACCACGGUUUCCGAGCUGCAAUAAAGACUAACGAACCAGGAACCGCUGCAAGUGCUCCAGCAGCUGCAGUAAUUGCAAGCCCCUAUGGAGUUCCAGUUGCUCCAGUCGCAGUCAAACAUGUUGCUCCAGUGGCAUAUGCUGCUCCAGUAGCUGUUAAACACGUUGGUCCAGUUGUACACGCUGCCCACGUUGCUGCUCCAGUUUAUGCUGCAGCCCCUGCUCAUGUUGGCUAUGCAACACACGUAGCACAUGGAGCUUACGGUCAUGGUCCUUAUGGACACGGAGCUUACGGUCAUGGUCCUUAUGGACACGGAGCUUAUGGCCAUGGUGCUUACGGACAUGGCGCAUAUGGGCAUGGUCCUUAUGGUCAUGGAGUUUAUGGACAUGGACAUGGUGUUGGACUUGCCAAAGCAUAUCACUAUUAAUUUUCAAUGAAGACAAUGGUAACGGACAAAUUACCCACUCCUCGUGGCUGAUAACUGUUCCGUGAUGAAAAUGUGGUUUACUAUUCUUUGAUCUUAAAGAAAGUUCAUCUUUAACAUCCAAAGAAAAUGUUUAAAUCAACAUCUUUAAAGGUAUUCAUCUCUAUAUACUAUGGGGUUGGAUGGAUUUAGGAACUUCAGAUCUUCAUCAUUGUGUCUUAGCUUUGUACAUCUGCAAGCACUUUCUCUCAUGUUAAUAUAUUUAAUAUAUAUUUUCCAUACAUAUCUGUAUCUAACAUAAAAAAACGACAAUAAAUAAUUUUAUUUUACA